GCGAUGUAGAUACCAAUCCAAUGCAGAUUCAGAUACAUUAUGCGAAUGCUCGCGUCUCUUGGCUCAGUUGCUCUGCCGCUUCGAAAUGGCCAGCACCGAGAGUCUGGAUGGCAGUGCCUUCGAGGGCGACAUCUCGGGGGUGCCGCAGGUGGGUCACCUGACCACCGAGCCCCAGGAGCUGGAGUGCCCCGCCUGCCAGGAGCUGCAGAUCACCCGCGUGGAGCCGGAGGCGGUGACCAUUCUACAAAAGAUCGUCUGCUCGCUGAAUGUGCUCCUUUGCUGCAAUCCCAUUCGCUGGAAGGGUCGUCAUGAUGUCAACCACUACUGCAGUUCCUGUGGCUGCUUUAUAGGACGCGAUAUCACCCUUAGUUGGUACAAGAGGACUCUCUUCCGCCUCCAAAGGGGCGAGGUGGAGGACAAUGGACGCUGGCAGAGAUUCCACAAGGUGGAGAAGGAGCAGCUGGAUGAGAAGAAGCUGGGAAGGCAGCGCCAGGCUCUAGAAUCAAAACGUUUUAAUGACAAUUAUUAAACAAAAUAUUUUAACAAUAUUUUUAAAUGGCUUUAAAAUAAAAGGGUGGUUUUUUAAAAUGCUUUCAAUGGAAUAAAUAAUGAAAUCCUUAUAUUUAAAGCAAACAUCCUUUUGGAAAAAUGUCUUGUAACAUAUCUUCAGAAAUAUUUAUAAAUUACUUCAAAUUCGCAAAUAAUCAUUAUUUUAGACAUUUAUUAAAAUAAAACUGCAUGGGAUUUUGAUUUAGAAAUUUGACAAAUAAAAUGAUUAUUCCUCUUGGCCACAAUGUGUAUAAAAAUCAACCAAAUUGGAAAUCAAAUAAGACUCUUAUCUCACAAAGUAUAGAAAAAUCAACCAAAUUGGAAACAAAAUAGUGCAGAAGCCUUUUAUAAAGAAACUUGGAAAA